CUUUAGCUAGAAAGAACACGAAUAAGAUGGAGAUCGCAAGAAUGACUAGAGGGUGUGUGGUUCUCAUGUUCCUGAUGGCUGCAAUUGCAUUUUGCGGCCAUCAACAAGCGGUGGCGAAAGACGUCGCCACCUAUUCAAAAUCACGCCCUAGCAAGCCCAGUAAUUGCAGCGAUAGCGAUACGAAGAAAAUAAAGAGGUGCAUGACAAAAACAGUCUCUAUAGAUAAAUGCUGCCCAUUAUAUAAGAGGACAAUUGGCACAAACUGUAAGUGUUACCGUUAUGCUGAGGACUUGGACAAUCAAGCUUUAAUUACUCUUGAGAGUUAUUGUGAUGUCAAUAAUCCAUGUAAAAGUGUUCAAGGAGUACUGGUAGCUGAUGGGAGCAAGGCUGGCACAACGGAAGCAGUCCCCACCAUUUCUGCCAGCCCUAGCCCCCGGCUCCGGCCUGGCGCUCGGCCGCAGCCGAAAUGCAGUGCUGCUGAUAAAGCAAAGGUGAAAACUUGCAUGACAAAAACAAGCUCUAUAGAUGAAUGUUGCCCAACAUUCACGAGCAUACUGGGCAGGAGUUGUCCUUGCUAUGCUUAUGCAAUUGAAUUAGACAAUCAGGUUUUCAUUACUCUUCAGGCUUAUUGUGGUGUUAGCAAUCCUUGUAAGCAAGUGCAAGUGAUAUAAUUGAGCUAGCCAGGAUGAAAAUGGAAGAAAUAUUAGUAAUGAGACGUUUAAUUCCUAAUUCUGCAUGAGAUGAACAACUCCUAGCUAUUUGUCAACUUAUGUACUUUUAUCUUCGUAACAAGGUUUUAGUUUUCAAGAGGAAGAGUUGUACUGUUUAUCUAAGACUUUGAGCAAUAAUUUAGCCUCCUUUUGCAUUACA